AUGCCGAUUAAGUCAAACAGUUCAAUUGUAGAAAAUGGAACUAUUCGAAAGAUGAUUGAAGGGCAAACUAGCCGCUCGGAUUCAAUGAUGGAAGAAUUUGAGAGCAUUUUUGGUAAUUUGUCCCCUCUUAAACGAAAACGUGAAGAUGAAAUCAAUGGACCUAAAAAUAAAUCUCAAAAAAUUUCAAAAUGUUUAUCUAUAAAAUUAGCUAAAAAUAUGGACAUUGUUAUUACCGAUCAGCAACACGCGACGAUGACGACGACGGCAACAACAACUUAUGAAUCUCAACGAAUCCAAUUAUUACAUCAUAUAUUGUCUGAUCCUCUUCCUAGUGACGAAAAUCAUCUUAAUUAUUGGAAUAAUGUCACAGUCACAUUAUCAGAUUGGAUUGAAUUACAAGCUCAAAAAAAGAAUAUGAGUUUAUUAGAAUUUCAAUUUCAAUUUCAUGAACGAUUUUGUCAAAUGGAAUUAUCUCUUGUGAAACUUCAUAAUAAUAUACCAAAAGUUUAUGAUGAAAUUAGAUGUUCGGUUGACAUGUUUUUAUUGAAUGCUGAUUGGCUUAGAUACAUGAAAGCAAUGGUUAGUUCAGAAUAUUCACAAAGUGGAGAUGUCUGUUUAGUUAUACAAAAAGCUAAAGAACUUUUAGAAUUCAAAAAAUCUUUGUAUGGAGAAAUUUUACAACAAAAUGGAUUAACAUGGAGAAGAUUAGGUUUUCCUGUUAGUGAUUCAUGGUUUUCCACCACAAAACAAUGGUUACAUGGAUUAGCAUUUCAUUGUUUAUCAAUUAUGAAUAACGAAUUGAAUAAAUUUGAACCAACUAAUAUUGAUGACACACUAGAAUUAAUUGGAACUUCAAACAACAAAUUUACAUUAACCAGUCUCAUCCUUGCGACAUCAUAUGUCGAAUGGGGAUUAUCACAAAUUGAUAGAAUGGAAAAUAAAGUUCGAUGUGUUGAAAUUAGAAUGAUGCAUAUUUUUGAAAAAUUUUCUGCUGCAUUAGUAGAAGCUGGAUUAAGAUUAUGUGAACAUAUUACAAAACCUAAAAUUAAUACAGUGACUGGACCUAAUAACUUUGUAUAUAUGUAUUCCGAAUUUGUGGUUAAAUUUGUCAAUCGGGCACUUGAAUAUUCUGGUUUAGAAGAAAUAGCAGAAUUGAGGAUGCGACCUUUACUUGCUAGAUUAAUACAUAUGUGGAAAAGUAACAAAGAGUUUGAAAAAUACUUCUCGAAUACUGUGUUACAUUCUGAACAAUAA